CUACGUUAAUAUAUUCGCGAUAAGGUCACUCUAUUCGUUUAUACCUGGAUUGUUUUUAAUCAAUUCAUAUUCCUUACACAGCUCACUUAAGAUCUCAACUCCGCUUCUGCAUUCACGAAUACUUCCGAUCCCACCGAGUCCCUGCAUGCGGCCCUGCAUAGAUGUUAAAACGAGGUUGAACGAUAGAGUUCGUCGGUGGAGACAGAGAGGGAAAGGCCGUGACGCGGGCCCGUUGUGUAGUAGUGGUAGCGGAAGAGGUGCGGGACGAGUGACGGGGGUCGGCGAUGAGAAUGAAUCAGUCGACAGCAGCGCCGAGGGAGAGAGGUGAAGGGACUUCGAGAGAAGGAAAGAGAGAGAUAGAUAGAGGGAGGGAAGUGGGCCUUGUUCGAGCGUGAAGUGGCCCCACAGCCUCAGCGCGUCGUAACACGCCGCGGAGCAAACGCGGUAGUAGCCGUGUAGCGCACGGUGCGUGCGGUCGCAAUAAUGUCAUCGAUGAUUGCGCCAUUCUGAGUACUCGUUAUCGCCAUCGUCCGCGACUCGUAGUGCAUCCUGCGGCGCCGCGUCACGUCGCGUCGCGUCACGUUGUCUGCCAAGGCGAACACGGCGAGUCGUUCGCGCCGUUGCUCGGCGAUUCUCCGUGCUGGGCGGAGCCCUCGUUAUUAUACAAGUAACUCACCCAUUUAGCUUCCGUUAUCAACGUCGUCGUUCGUUCUUUUACCUGUUUUGCGCUAAAGUAUGCAAUUGUCAGCCGCGGUACGUGCGACUCCAGGGAGGCUGACAAGUGACAUUGCCGCCGCAGCCGAUGCGAAAACGCGCGGCCUGCGAGCGUGACAUGGAUGCACUGGCGAAAUCAGUACGUAGAAAAAAUGGGCACGGGCAGGUUUGCCCGGGGUGUUCGGGCGUGCAUCGCGCACGUUGUCGCGUACGGCUGCCGCCACGACAAUUCCCCGAUGACGCAUCGUUCGGCAAAUUUGGAACGGAUCCAUGUUUAGAAGGAGUUCCGUCAUCCAUCUAUGGUAGUACUGAGUCCUGUGACAAAAACAGUGACUGCAAAGGUGUGCACACGUGGGCAAAUGGAUUUGAAAAACUGUUGGAGGAUCCAAAAGGCUUGCAAACAUUCGCUGAAUUUCUCAAGAAGGAGUUUAGUCAUGAAAAUAUAUAUUUUUGGGCUGCUUGUGAGAGAUAUAAAGAUACUAAAGACAUUAUUAUGCGUCACCGAUUAGCUUGUCAAAUAUACCAGCGACAUUUGUCAAGUACAGCUGCCGAGCCAGUAAAUGUUGAUAGUCAUGCGUCCGGACAAAUUACUCAAGAAUUACUCGACGAAGCACCCGCGGAUUUAUUUCUGCAGGCUCAGAAACAAGUAUUCAAUCUAAUGAAGUUUGACAGUUAUCCGAGAUUUUUACGAUCAGAACUUUAUCGUGCCUGUCUGGAAGCAGGGAGCGCAAUUAUUGAUACAGAAGACUGUGAUCUACAUCUUACAAGUUCGCCUAGUGUAAAAUUAAAGAAGAGUCACUCAGAUGCAGAAGAUCGUUGUCGAAAAUCAAUUCUUCCAUGGAACAGAAAGAAUAGAUCUAAAUCAAAAGAUCGUGGUGAACAAGAGUACAACAAAGCCCCUAAUCGAAGUGAGACUAUAUAUAAAAGCUUUACAGUCAUUAAGAGAGAAACGGAAGGCAAUAAUAAUGAGGACAGUGUGUCAAUAUCUAGUAGUCGGUCGUCAUUAGCAUCGUGGGAUUUGGCGUUACGGCAGUCGUUUAACAAAUCUGUAUCGUCUUGCGAUGGACAAACAAACGAAAAGAAAGAUCGCAGCAAAUGUACAGGUUUAUGUCGAGUCAUAUUGCCUGAUGGGUCCACUACUGUAGUGACAACCAGCCAAACUGAAACCAUUAAAGAUGUGGUUACCCGUCUUCUCGAUAAGCGAGCUCUACGAUAUUCUAACUAUGAUGUUUUAAUACUAGCAACGGAUGAGAUGGUGGAUACGAAAUGUUUUUCGUCAGUAUUAGCAGGCCAGGAAGUGGAGGUCGUUCUUACAAAAGUUUUAAAAGUAGAACUGCCUUCACGAAGGAUAAUAAGUGUUAUCGCUCACAAGGGGAAAACUCUGAAAGAAGUUUUGAGACCUCUUCUAAAUAAAUAUGGUUUUAAUUUAGACUCAAUUAGUAUUUGGAGCGAAGGUCGUUGUGUUUCUAUGGAUAUCAUAGCUAUUAAUGCUCCUACGCGUAUCACUGUAGUGGCGAAUGAAGAAGAUUUUCAACGAGAAUUGCAUACUGCCAAGUAUUUAGAUGAGGUGUCACACGCACAACCAACACUAGAUGAAAUUACUAAUAAAGUAUUUGAGGAACUUCUGGUUGGGAAGAGUAGAAAUAAAUAUCAGUAUAGUGAAGGGUCAUGUAAGUCGGAUGAUCAACGCUCGGAAGGAUCUUCUAUAUUAUCUACCAAAUUCUUUCUUCGGGAUUCGACAAUUCAUGGAAAGAAAAAGGCAAAAUCUAAAUGUUGCAAUACAAGUGAGAGGGGUAAUACAAACGAUUGCAUACAUGAGGGAGCGCCCGUUAAAUCCCAGCCACCACUUAUCGCUAAGUGGCGCAAUGGCGUAAAAUUGCAGCUUCCAGGCAGAUUUGAUGGAGAUGAAUUAUAUGAAGGAUUGAAAAGAGCACAAAGAUCGAGAUUAGAGGAUCAGAGAGGAACAGAAAUUAACUUUGAAUUGCCAGAUUUUUUGAAGAACAAGGAGAAUGGGAAACCGAAUUCUAAUAAGAUGCGAAGAACUCGGGUGGUGUCGGCAAAUUGCGAGAGCACUGCAAAGUUUUAUGACUCUAGUGAAGACAAGCAGAGCAGCAGCGGAUACGAGUACCCCGCGCAUGUGACAAACGGAACCGCGAACGAGCGAUUCUCAGCCCUAGUUAAUAUUACUGAGCCUUUAAAUAAGUGCCUUGAUAGCUCGUUCACUCUAGAUGGUGAUAGGACAUUGGUGGACGGAGAUCAGACGAUCGUCGAGAAUGGUAAUGAUUCUCCGUUGAAAAGUCCGCACUCAGGAAGCUUCGGAAACACAGACGUGUCGCCUACGAAAUUGUCGAAACCUCCACCGUUACCGCCGAAGCCCAAAAAUCUUGUCGUGAAGAACGUGGUGAAGACCGGCUACAUCGCGUCACCGAAAACUUUGCAAAGACCUAACCAUGUGAUCGAAUGACCGAGCACUGUGUAAAAAGAAAGUUAUUUUUUAGUUAACUUAACGUUUCGUUUUUAGCAUAGUGUUUUAUGUGAUGCCACGAGUAACCGUUUGAAACGUGACACGGUAGCUGAGGAAAAUUACGUUUAUGAAUUAUUACAGGGGACGGCUUCGUGCAGGAGUUAAUACCUGGGCGGAGGAUAUAGGACAUUAUUAAUUGUAUUCCCCUAUUAUGCAUUUUUCCAUAUUUACAUUCCGCUACUUAGAUUUUAUUCCGAAAACAUUGUGUCUUGUCUGUGCCUUGCCUAGAAUGCUAUUGUACGUAACAUUUUACGUAUGUUAUAAAAUAUAUCGAAUUUUUGAAAGAUGUCUUUUUCUUUUUUUAAUGUAUUGUAUUCGUUUUGCAUUGAUAGUCUAAUGUAAUGGUAAUUUUGUUUUCUAUAAUUUUUGUUUUUUAUUUAAAUUAAGAAAAAUAGAUACAGUGAUUAUAAUUUUUGUUGGUGAUAAUAUGUGUAUCUGUGUUGAGAGCAAUUAAUUUAUAAUCAAUAGAUUCGAAUUUGAUUUUAAUCUCUUAAGAUAUGUUAUAUCUUAAUUUUAUAGAAGGUUGAUUGAAAAAUUAUAAAUUGUGAGUGAAGAAAUAUAAAAUGACAAUCUAUUACGGGAAUCCGUAUUUUUCGAUAUGAUAGAAUAUUAUAUAUAUUUUUGUUAUAUAAUACUUUUUUUACGUAUCGUGUUGAACGACGAUAGCAUUCUAGGAUCAGAUUCGAUAUGAAACUGUAAAUAUACACAUGAUAUAUAUUAUAUAUUUUAUAUAUUCGAGUUUCUUUAUUUUCUUGACCAGAGAAACGAAAAAAGUCCAGGUGACGACAAUCUAUGCGCUUAUUAGAUGAUUAUAUAGGAACAAUUGUUAAAAAAGGUAUAUGCUUCGAAAGAGCAUAGUAGGAAAGAAAAAGGGAUCUAUAUAUUUUUCCAAUAUUUUGAAUAACUUUAUUAAUUAGAUAUAAAGGGGAUCACGUCCUAUAUGAUAAUUUCGAUUCGAUAAAACUAUUAUGUAUUACGCACGCUGGAAGAAAAAAUACGUGCGUCGUUUUGUAACAAACGGAAGAUACUCAUCAUAGAGUGAAUUAUGCGAGACAAAUUCAUUUAUAUUUUGGUGGGGCCUUUAUUGCGACAUGCUAAUAUAUUGUAUUACAUGAUUGUCUGAAUCAGGCAAGUUCUAAUAAAUUUUUUAAAUUUUAUAGAA